AUGCUCGAUGAGGUCGACGAACAAAAGGAUAGAAUGGCUCUCGCCGCCAUCUAUCAAGCGCUCCCCAAGGAUGUCCUUCUCAUGGUGGCCGAGAAGGAUUCUUCCAAGCUAGCGUGGGAGAUUCUAAAGAUAAUGCAUGUUGGAGUUGAGAGAGUUAAGGAGGCAAAAGUGCAAACCUUGAAGACACAAUUCAAGGCGAUUCGCAUGAAGAACGAUGGAGAUAAUCGAGACACCAAGCCCCGCAAAGAUAAGAGCAUAGUGAAGUGUUAUGCUUAUCAAAAGUAUAAGCACUACGCGUCCGAGUGCCUUAACAAAAGGCCCAAUAAUGAGGCAAACCUCACUAGCUUACAUGAUGAAAAUCCAUCAUUAAUUUUUUCUAAGGAUGUGACGAAUGCUUUGCCCAAAGACGAGGAUACAAACCUCGAAGAGCUCGUGCAAGAAUCGUCCAAGGAGGAACUAGAGGUGGUGUUUCUCAAUGAAGAGAAAGUCAUGGUGAACAUCCUCGCAAAUGGCGAUGAGUAUAAUCACACCAACGUGUGGUACCUUGACAAUGAAGCAAGCAACCAUAUGAAGGGUCAUCGAGAGAAGUUCAAUGAGCUCAAUAAGAAAAUUACCAGAAAUGUGAAGUUUGGAGAUGGAUCACUCGUCGAGAUCAAGGGCCUAGGAUCCAUCUUGUUCGAAUACAAGAAUGGUGAUCAACAUAUAAUGACCAAGGUGGAGAAAUCUUCGAAUCGGUUAUACAAGAUUUCUCUCGAGACUAGGCAACAUGUUUAUCUAUUAACAUCGUUAAUCGAUCCAGCUUGUCUAUGGCACGCGAGACUUUGGAAUGUAAACUUUUAUGUGCUCAAGAUGAUGGGGAGAAGGAGAUGGCUAUAG